UAUAUAUAUAUAUUGCGUGUGUGUGUAUGUAUACACACAUUGUUUUUUUUUCUCUCCCACUAGAAGUCAUCCUCUAAAAGAAACACAGAGCUUAAGGCAGAACACGUUUAAAGGGCCUAAAAGUACUAAAUUUCCUGUAUUAAACCUUGGCUUUUCAGCCCCCCUGUCACGUGAAAGCACUGCGAGAGAACUCUGAUCCGCUUUGCUAAAAGAAAAAAAAAAGUGAGAAAUAUCUGAUAUAUGGCACUCUUUUUUUUUUUUUUUUACAUAUAAUUUAAUCUUCAAAUAGUGGCACACUAGACACGUGCCACAGAGAGCUGUGUUUACAGGCACCAGAUGGGUUGGUGGGAAAGUGCAGCUAAUGGCUUUCAAGGGAUGCAGAUGAGCAACCAUGCACACUUGGUCAAACGACCGAUUAGCCAGAGGCCCAGGUGUUGUGCAGCCUGUUCAGUUCGCUUUAAAUAGCAAAACAUGCUUACGCAACAGUAGGCAUUUGUACCAUCUAGAUAGCCUGAUAAAAGCGCAUGCAUUAAAUGCAGCCUGGGCUCUCUAGGGAGAUGAUUUGCUUUCUAUUUACACGGUCGAUAAAAUGUAUGUAUAUAUAUUUUGCUAAGGACGCAAAAGCAUUCGUAAUUAGCGAAAAGGGAGAACGAAUGGUUUACUUAUAAUGCUGCUGUUGGUGUAUUGCAGUUUGCAUCUACUAAAUAACUGUAAACACACAACGAUACACCAUGUUAUUGUUUCUUGGCGUGUUUGAAAUGAAAUGCCUCGGAGUAGGCAGAAGGUUGGUGUUCGUUGUUCUCGUACCCAGUUCACCUCCUCUCACAUUCUAUUCUUAACAGUGUGAAUGUAAUGACCCCCAUCCAUAAUGUGUUCCUAAAUAUAGAUGUGUGGAUUUUUUUCAUUUUUUGUCUAUUUGAAAGAAUUAUGCUACGUACACCCUCAAACUCCAAAUAUGUCACAAAGAAAGUGUAAAUAGACACAUUCCCAUUUUUUAAGCUUUGCAAAAUAUGCCAGGAUGCAGAAGGUUUGUUGUUGUUUUUUUCCCCGAAAAAACAACAAAAAAUCUCCCGAUAAUUGCUAUGUCCUUGAUCUUGUCUUUGACCUUCUUGUCUAUGGAUGUGUCCUCGGUUCUUAUUCAUUACUACAGCCUAUUUCACCUUACCAAAUAGCAUUCAGUUAGUGCAGCUAUUGCGGGGGUAAAAAAAAAAAACUAACAAGAAAACUCGGAGCACUUACUGUUUAUUGUAAAGAACGCUAAUUUCCUGCAGACAACUGUUCAAAAUGAAAAUCGGCUCAGCGGUAGAAUUCGCGGUACUUAGCUGUUUCGUCGUUGGUUAGGCACAGAUGUUUAGUGAGGAUGCUGUUGGUGGUAUCAGGCCCCCGCAGUGUUACAACAACAUCACCGCUGUGUUUGUCAUGUAACACACAGGUGAGGUGUUUUGGAAGAGCUGUCUCGAUACAAAACCUGUUUCCAGUUCAUAUGUGUAUCGGUUUUAUUUUGGUUUUUUUUGUCCACAGAACCCCCCCCCCUGACCCUGAAAAACAUACAGGGAUUUUUCUUUCACUCACCAUUUUAUCAUUUCAAUGUAAAUAUUUGUUUCAUUGUAUAAAGGGAAAAAAAAGAAGAAUUUGUUUUACUAUGAGGUGUUUGCAAGUCCAUUUCAAGUUUGUGUUCAAAUUUUAAUAUAGAACGUAAGAUUUUGCUCAUUUUUUGUUUUGCCCUCGCUUGCUUUUUGUUUUGUUUUUUUGUGCGACUGUUGACAAAUGAAUGUAACUUUUUUUUUCCUUGCUGACGUUUUACUGCUAUCUAAAGUGGAUGGAACACCUUUGAGCCUUAACUCACUGUGGUAUUGCUAAAUGUAAGCAUUAUCUAGCUUAUCCCCACAUCAAAUAAUUAAAAGCCUUAAUAAUGUGGUUAAGUUUUUGCCUGCACUUGAAUCGCUUCAGGCGUUUGCACAUAUUUGUUAUUACGGUAAAGACUCAUGUUCUGAGUUUGGAAGAAGUGUUUACUACGUGCUAUAAUGAGGAAAGAACCCACAUUGUAUUCAGUUGUGCUUUUGCCAUGGGGAAAAAAAAAGAUGUGCAGAAUAAUUUUUCAACAAAGAGGAGCGUUUGGUCAUCUGUUGGAAGCUACUGUGGAGCGUAAGCUCUUGACCUUGCAUUUCGAAUAUCAGUAGGAUUGUCCUGAACACUGAAUCAUGCGUAACAUGAUCUCCAGGUUAGGCAAACAGAGUUUCACUGAAUGCUUCACAGGUCCCCGUCAUUAAAUCCUGCACUGGGUUGAUUAGGGUUGCUGAAACGUGUUCGCUUCUGACCUAAAAAAUGGGUCUGGACUUUUGGUCUUUCUGCAAGAAGCUUCAAAGUACAUAAUCAGCUAACUUCAUUAAAAAAUAUGCAUAUAGAAUUUGCAAUGUUUGCGAAAACAGCAGUGCUAUAAUACACCAUAUUAUUAUUAUUAUUUAUUUUUAAGCGAAUGAAAGUACAUGAUCAUAUCAGUGCUAUAAGGUGGACAAGUGAAGACCAUAGAUGGUGUAUUUAUGGAAUCUCUAAAGAUGAACUUAAUAAAUUAAGUUCAUCUUUAAUAAAUAAUAAAUACAGAACAUAAUGUACUGCAUAUGUCCCUAUUUAUAGCAAUGUCCAAGAGGAGAUCCCUCUCCUGGCAGACCAGAGUUAUUGUAGAAUCUAUUUACAGUUAGCUGAAGUAUUCUGCUGCUGAAAGUGCUCUGCCGUUUAGCCAGUAGGUUGUAGUGUUCUUCAUGAUGUUUAACAGUUCGUGUGGCACCUCUCUCUCUCUCUCCACUACCAACUCCUAGCAAUCCAGGUCAUGGAGGAGAUGUGAGGUGUUCUAAAUGAUGGUUAACUGUGUAGCUUUCUUUUGCCUAAUACCAACUCCAAGCUCUUCAGGCUGUGGAGGGGAGAUGUUCUUCAUGAUGAUUAACAGCUUGUGCAUCAUCCUUUUCUCCACUAUUUACAAGCUCUCCAUGAUGGUUAACAUCCAAGCAAUCCAGGUUGUGGAAUGGAAUGUGAGGUGGUCUUCAUUAUGGUUAACGGUUUGCUUAGUAUUCUUCUCUCCACUACUAACUACAAGCAGUCCAGUUUGUGGAGGGAAGGUGAGGUGUUCUCUAUGAGGGUUAACUAAUCAAACAAUUGGGUUGUGGAGUGGAAGUGAGGUGUCCUCAUGAUGGUUAACAGCCAAGCAAUAUGUUGUUCAGGGUAUGUCAGAGGUCCUCCAUGAUGGUUAACAGUUUGUGUAACUUGCUUCUCUCCACCACCAACCCCAAGCACUCCAUGGUCGUCCUGAAUAUUGACCUAACCUUCUUGAUCUACAGAUGUUCCUGUGAGGUUCAGUAGAAAACAGCUCAGCAUCCUUUCCGGGUCCGCCAUUCGGUUGCCAGGGGAGACCAGCUCCAUGGCAACCUCUCAAAACGCGUACUAACAGCCUUAAUAGCCAAGUGCCCACGUGGCUGCCGAGCAAUGGAGCAGUCUACUGUUUAGUGCGCUAGUGUGCGGCUCCAGACGUGGCAUUAUUCAAGUGUUGGUAACCGCAUUUGUAACCGGUUUGGACCAGAACCUAUGCAUGGACUGGUGCACAAUACGGUAGUGCUUAUUAAUUGCUGCUGAUAAUGACGGGUAAAUGGUGGUGUGUCGGUUUUCAUCUAAAUAGACCAGUUAUAGAGUAGUUCUGAUACAUGGUGUAAUUGGUCUUUAUUUCGCCCCUUGUGGUGCCUUUGUGUCCUGUGAAUUCCGAGGAAGUUACAGAGCAUCGAAAUGUGAGCAGACCAGCGGGAACAGCUUCAAACCGGUUUCAGUACCAGCGAAACAAAAGCGGCUCCAGCGCUCAGCUUGAGAGCAGACGGAAACACACACACACACACACACACACGCGCGCGCGCGCAUACACACAUAUACGCAGCAGACAGCUGGUAUGAUUCAGCUGAAUGCAGGUAUACCCCUCGACUUGUUUUUUAAUGGUCAUUUAUCCGAAAUGUCAUGAUGUCAUCCAUGUUGGUACCUACAGCAGUUCAGACGGGUAGUUCAGCAUCAUAACUGCAGGCGCCCAAUAACACAUCCGAGACUCCCUGCGCAUUACCGGAUCUCUUUGAAGACCCUAGCGUAGAAGAAUGAGUCUUCAGAGCUCUAAGAAAACCACGGAUGGAGGCUGGGGUUGGGUCAUUGUGGUGGCCUCGUUCAUGGCCCUGCUCAUCGCCUACGGCUCCCCCCAGUCUGUUGGAGUGCUCUAUCCUGAGUGGCUCAAUGCCUUUCAAGAGAGCAAGGGGAUGACCGCGUGGGUGGGUUCUCUCGUCUCCGGUGUCGGCCUCAUUGCCAGUCCCAUUUGCAGUGCCUGUGUGGUAAACUUUGGAGCCAGGCCUGUGACCAUCUUUAGCGGAGUCAUGAUCUCUGGAGGACUAAUGCUUAGCGCCUUCGCCCCCAAUGUCCACUUCCUCAUGUUUUCCUAUGGCGUAGUCGUCGGAGUAGGCUGUGGACUCCUGUAUGCUGCUACUGUGACCAUCACAUGCCAGUACUUUGACAAGAAGCGUGGCCUUGCUCUUGGCAUAGUUACCACAGGUACCAGUGUUGGAGGAUUCCUUUAUGCCACUGCACAGAAUGAAUUAAUUGAGCUGUUCGGUCUUGAUGGCUGCCUGCUGCUAAUUGGCUCAUUUGCACUAAACAUUGUUGCCUGUGGUGGACUGAUGAGGCCGUUGCACUUGCCAGCUUACUACCUCAAGCAGAGAGCUGCCCUGGUGGAGAAGGCCGAAGAGAAGCGCGGUGAGAGGCCUCUGGUGCUGGACCACUCUAAUAAAAAGGACUUGCCUGUCACUGAUUUGCUGAUCACAAUGGAGACCAAAGACACUCUAGCUUCUGAAAAGGAGCUGCUCAUCUGCUCAGCUGUGGUCAGACUGCUCAAGAAGAAGCAAAAGGCCUACAUAGAUUAUUUGCACUCAAUUGGUGAACGAAUGAGGGACCGGGUUUUUGUAGCCAUGUGCUUGGCCCUGUUCCUCUACACGGUGGGGGGGUUUCCUCCACUGCUCUUUCUGGAGGACGUAGCCCAAAGUGAGGGCUUGAUUGAGGGUAUCAGUGUUGUCCCACUGGUCUCAAUAUUUGCUAUUGCAGGGGGCAUUGGGAAGUUCCUUUUGGGAAUAGUAAUGGACAUCCGCUGGAUAAACAGCUUUUUUCUGUAUGGCUUCACACUAGUGGGCAGCGGCAUGGCACUGCUUCUGAUCCCUUUCACUAAGAACUAUGUAGGACUCCAGGUGCUCUCAGCAGUGCUGGGUUUCUUCUCAGGGAACUGGUCCGUCACACCAUACAUGACCACCAAAGUGGUUGGCAUAGAGCGACUCACAGAGGCCUAUGGGAUCUUAAUGUUCUUUGGUGGAUUUGGGAUAAUGCUUGGACCCCCAAUUGUAGGCUGGUUCUAUGAUUGGAUGCAGUCCUAUGACCUGGCCUUCUACUUCAGUGGGAGUUGUGUGCUGCUGGGUGGAGUGCAACUUCUAAUCUCUGCCCUGUCCUGCUGGGACAAAACCAAUGAACCUUCUGCCAAACCUGAAGCAGAGCAUACUUGUAACUGUAACAGAGUCGCCGCUGUAGCCUAAAGGACAGACGGAAAUUUGUCAAAUUUAAUUUGCGUGCCCGAGACCAUGCCUGAACCUGGUGUUUUUGGUUGAUGUAUUUUCUGAGGAUACAUUUUGCCUUAUUGUUAGUUAAUGUUUUGUAAUUUGAUGCUUUACUCAGUGUUUUGAAAACACCAUGUUCCAACGAAUGGACUUGAACUUGUUCUGUCCUUGCAUAAAACAUUUCCUAGACUUGUUUUAUGGGGCCAGGGUUUUUAUCAAAAAAAUGUCUAUUUUUUUUAAUUGUUGAUGCUGUCUGUUUUUCUUAAAAUGCAUGUCCCCAUGCAUUGUGUUCCUUUUAUAUCGUAGUGACUGGGAUCUUUGUCAUGACGCUCAUUCGGGAUAGGAUGCAAAUCUCUGACGGGGUUGUAUUGAUUCUGUACCUAUUUUUUAUUUUUAUUUUUACAAACAUAUAACACUACCACAAUCCGGUCCCAUAAUAAUGAUUUUGUUAGUUAGUUAUUAGUGUUAUUAAUGUUGUACCAAAGUUAUUUGAUUGUAAUUUCUUUUGGGCAAAGGGUUAAAUCGACAAUCUCAUGCCACAAACCCAGUCUGUCUUUGUGUUGCUGAUGUAGCCUUUUCGACAUACUGUUGGCUUUUGAUACAAAGAGCACAGCUUGUUUCGAAAAAGUUUCAAAAGAUGUUACUCGUAUGUUGGAUGACUUUUCUGUCCACCUGGAUUCCAUUCAUUUCAAGCGAUUUGAUAUAUUUCAAGCAAUAUGUAGACAUAUUAUGUGUCUAUUUCUAUUUGUAUACUAUACAAUUCUAGACUGUUGUAUUUUUACAUGCACUGAAGUAGAUUGCACAGUGUUGAUUUCUGUACCGUCUUUUUAGGUUUUUUUUUUUUUUUUUUUUUGAUGAAGUUAUUUUAUUUGAACUGCCACUGUUUGAAGUUAAGUAAAAAAAAGAUAAAUGAUAUAGGGUUAUAUGUUAUACCAGAUGUGAAAGGCCCUUAUACUGUUGUAAUGCACAUGAUGCCACCUGUGAUAUUUAUGUAUUUAUGUGUCAACACCUUUUUUUAUAGAAAUAAACAAAGCUCGAUAAA